ACACAAAGCCAAAGCCAUUAGCUUCAAUUAAGCGUUUAACAACUGACGACUGACGGGCAGAAUCCGGCGAUAACAGCCGGCACAAACAUUAAAUGCAAUCUGGCCGAGAUAACUGGGCCUGCACCAUCCGAGAGUUGGCCAUUUGGUAAGUGGCAGUCAGUUGGCCCAGUUCGCUCAUUAGUCUGUCUGCCAGGAAUCCCCUGCAAGCGAAGACAAAGGUGCUAAAAAGUCCAUCAAAUGCUUAAAACGCUUUAGAGUGAAUCACGGUUAACGCUUUUGGCCAAAACAACUCAUCUUGUGGGUCAUUUCAACCGAAACAUGGAUCAUCUGGGGGCCCUACUACUGGCCCUCUGCGUCUUCAGCUUCCUGCUCUUCCUGCUGCGCGUGCUCCUGAUUGCCUGCCGCUCGUUCCCGAUGUCGCUGCGCCUAAAGGAGGAGCAAGCCCGUCGCCAAAUGGAGAUUAAUGUGACGAACAGUUGCAACGGCGGCUCCGGCGGAGCCACCAACGCUUGCAUGACCACCCAGGACGAGGUAACUGUGCUGCCCAAAACCUUGGAUCUGCCGCCCAGCUACGAUGAGGCCGCUUUCAGCGAUCGAAAGCAGGACAGCACCCUGACCAUAGCCACCAGCUUGGAGGCGAGCAACCCCAAUUUGGCGGCUGGAAUCAACGAACCACCGCCAGUUUACGAGGCAAACGUGGCCACCACGACCACAUCGACCACCACCACCACCGUGUUUUUGGUCAACGGCCAGCCACCAGUGGUGUAACUCGGAAAUGCGUUUCACAGAAAUCUUACAUUAUUCUUAUUUCUACACCUUACAAAACACCUGUACAGUUUUGCUAUGUAAAUAAACUUUGCUCCUCGAAA